UAAGAACUUUAACCUACUUAUAGAAGUAGAGUAUUAACAUCAAAAUUCAUGUAAUUUUGUACGAUGAAUUCUUCAAAGUCCAUCCAAAAUUUAAAUAUGAAUGAUUUGUUUUUGCAACUUGCAACAUAAUUGACACAGAAAUGCUGGUCAAAGAAUAUAGAAUUCCAACCCCAUUAACAGUGAAGGAAUAUCAGGUAGCUCAGCUGUAUAUGAUUGCAAAAAAAAGUCGAGAAGAAUCACAAGGAGCAGGAAAUGGUUUGGAAAUCCUGGUUAAUGAACCUUAUUAUAAUGGACCAGGGGGAAAGGGCCAGUACACUUAUAAAGUUUACCAUAUUGAUAGCCAUGUACCUGGAUGGAUUAGACCAUUUAUCCCUACAUCAGCAUUGACCGUGAAAGAGGAAGCAUGGAAUGCGUAUCCAUACACCAAGACACGAUAUACUUGCCCUUUUUUAGAAAGAUUCUCAUUAGAUAUUGAGACUAAGUAUUUUGAUGAUGCUGGUGACCAGAAAAAUGUUUUCAACUUGUCUCCUUCUGAGCUAGAAAGCAGAGAAAUUGAUGUUAUUGAUAUGGUAAAGGACCAACUCUAUGGAAAUGAAUACAAAGAGGAGGAGGAUCCAAAGCUUUAUGUUUCUAAACAUACUGGUAGAGGUCCACUCUCUGACACCUGGGUGCGAGAAUACAGGGAAGCACCCAAGACCGAUGGAAGAGCUAUAAUGUGUGUGUAUAAGUUAUGUAGAGUGGAGUUUGGGUACUGGGGAAUUCAGGGCAGGAUUGAAAGAUACAUUCAUGAUGUAGCACUGAGAAGGACUUUGUUGAGAGCCCACAAACAGGUGUGGGCUUGGCAAGAUGAAUGGUUAGGAAUGACAAUAGAGGAUAUACGAUCGGUGGAAAAGGAAACACAACUAUACCUUGCUAGGACUAUGUCUAUAGCAAAUAGACAGAAUUCAUUAGAACAAGAAUUUCAUGACUGCUGUCAAUCACAGAAUGAAAAGGCAGAGUCAUGUGAUAUUAACUUAGUCUCAUCAAAUAAUCCAUCAAAAUCUCUAGAUAAGCCUUGCAACUUGAUCAAACAAAAAACUGAUGAUAGAUUAUCAUUUGACUAUAAGAACACAGCUAAACACCUGACUGAAGAUUUUUCUGAAGAAAAACAAAUUACAGAAAGGUUGAGUCAGGAAGUGGAUGUUCUUGAAAUUAACAGGAAAGAUUGUGAAGGAAUAUGUUCUCAAAAUGGGUUAGAUCUUUCUGAAUAUUCUGCAGAGCACUGUUUAUCCACAGUUGAAAGUAAAAGAAAGAAAGACUCCUACCCUAACUCAAAUGAAGAAUUUUUUGAUGCAGAAGGUUCGUGGUGAAUCUUUUUCCGUUCAUCUUGCUGAUCAAUAAGUUUAUCCAGAAUACUGAUUUCCAAUUAUAGUUUUCUGACUUUUAACUAUCAAUAAUAUCUUGGCAAUAAAAGGUGAUUUGAUAUACUUCUUAUUCACUGCCAGACCUGAUUCAUCAAGGUUUUGGAUUCAAAGUUCCCCACUUUACCAGUGGUGGUGUAUUAGUUUCAAAAUGUCCAGGUAAAAUUUACUUAAAGUACAGUUAGAAUGGUCAGAGUUGUGAUUGUUUUAAUAUGUAUAUAUCUGUGUGUAGCUAUUAAAUAAUUAAUAUAUUGUUUUUUAUUAUUGUAAACCCGACUGAGAAAUUUUCUUAUAUUGUAAAGAUAAAUAUGUAUGUGCAAUAUUUUGUCCAUGCACUAAAAACGUAAUGAUGUACACUUUAUUUCAGAAACAAAAAAAAUUGAAAGUUUAUCAACAAGCCAGAUUUAGUGUAGUACUUUAUAAUAGAAAAGUACGUGAGCACUAACGUUUAUAAAUCUUAAAACAGGAAAGAUAUAGUGUAGUACUCUAUAACAGAAAGGUGUGUGAGCACUAACCUUUAUAAAUCCAAAUAUAAUGUUGUAAAACUUUAGGAAUGUAUGUUGUAAU